UUCCCACAAUGCCACGUUCCGGAAGUUGCUGCCGUCCACGGGUCACUCUGGCUUCGGCUCUGUCACUCUCUAUUCGUCACCAGGAGGAAGACGGAGCUGGCUGCCCGGCCCAAAGACCCACGAGGGGAUGCAGUUAUGGGUGCUAUCUCCCUGGCAACUACACUUCGGCUUUCAAAUUUCCCUUUGGAGUCUGAGCUGCAAUCCUCAUACCAGUUUACUAGUGCUGUCUUCCCUACUGCAGACUUCUGACUUCUUCAUUCUUCAUCCUUUUCUUUUUCACCAGAACUUGUUUGCUUCAUUCUUCCGUAUCUACCUUUGCAUCUUGUAAUCACCCUUUAUGCCUCAGAUUGUAUUUUGUGUCAGUAAGUAAUCCGUAAAGUGCCAACAUGGGAAAGAAACGGACAAAGGGAAAAACUGUUCCAAUUGAUGAUUCCUCUGAAUCCCCAGAGCCUAUGUGCAGACACAUUAGAAAAGGACUGGAACAAAGUAAUCUGAAAAGGGCGCUGGUGGAUGUGGAGUGGAAUAUUUGCCAAGACUGUAAGAUGGACAAUAAACUAAAAGACAAAUCUGAAGAAGAAACAGAAGAAAACCCUUCAGUUUGGCUGUGUCUUAAAUGUGGCCAUCAGGGCUGUGGCAGAGAUUCAAAGGAGCAGCAUGCCUUGAAGCACUAUAUGACACCAAGAUCUGAACCUCACUGUUUGGUUCUUAAUUUGGAUAACUGGAGUGUAUGGUGUUAUAUUUGUGAUGAUGAAGUCCAGUAUUGCAGUUCAAACCGACUGGGCCAAGCAGUUGAUUAUGUUAGGAAACAAUCUGGUAUUCCAGCACCAAAACCAGCAGAGAAAGAUAAUGGGAGCAUUGAACUUGAGAAUAAAAAAUUAGAAAAGGAGAGUAAAAAUGAACAAGAGAGAGAAAAAAAGGAAAACAUGCCUAAAGAAAAUCUGCCCAUGAAUUCUGCUUCCCAAAUAACUGUGAAAGGACUCAGUAACUUGGGAAAUACGUGUUUCUUCAAUGCUGUUAUGCAGAAUUUAUCACAAACACCAGUGCUUAGAGAACUACUAAAAGAAGUAAAAAUGUCUGGAACGAUUGUUAAAAUUGAACCACCUGAUUUGGCACUAACAGAACCCUUAGAAAUAAACCUUGAACCUCCAGGCCCUCUUACUUUAGCCAUGAGCCAGUUUCUUAAUGAGAUGCAAGAGACCAAAAAGGGAAUUGUGACACCUAAAGAACUCUUUUCUCAGGUCUGUAAAAAAGCAGUGCGAUUUAAAGGCUAUCAGCAGCAAGACAGCCAGGAGCUGCUUCGCUAUUUAUUGGAUGGGAUGAGAGCAGAAGAGCACCAAAGAGUGAGUAAAGGAAUUCUUAAAGCAUUUGGUAAUUCUACUGAAAAAUUGGAUGAAGAACUAAAAAAUAAAGUUAAAGAUUAUGAAAAGAAAAAAUCGAUACCAAGUUUUGUGGAUCGCAUCUUUGGUGGUGAACUAACUAGUACAAUCAUGUGUGAUGAAUGCAGGACUGUCUCGUUGGUUCAUGAAUCGUUCCUUGAUUUGUCUCUCCCAGUUUUAGAUGAUCAGAGUGGUAAGAAAAGUAUAAAUGAUAAAAAUCUAAAGAAGACAAUGGAAGAUGAAGAUAAAGACAGUGAGGAAGAAAAAGAUAAUGACAGUUACGUAAAAGAGAGAAAUGACAUUCCUUCAGGAACAAGUAAACACUUACAGAAAAAAGCAAAGAAGCAAGCCAAGAAGCAAGCCAAAAACCAACGAAGGCAACAAAAAAUUCAAGGGAAGGUUCUUCAUUUAAAUGAUAUCUGUACCAUUGACCAUUCUGAAGAUAAUGAAUGUGAGGCUGAAAUGUCACUUCAGGGAGAAGUAGAUAUUAAAUCCAACCAUAUUUCACAAGAGGAAGUUACACCUGAAGAAUGUGGUGUUAAUCAGAAAGAUUUGAAUGGCCAAGAAAAAAUAAUAGAAAGUGUAACUGACAAUCAAAACUCCACGGAAGAAGUAGAUGUGAAAAAUGUCAACAUGGAUAAUGAUCUGGAGGUUUUGGCAUCUUCUCCCACUGAAUGUAGUGGGAAUUUAAAUGGUGCCUACCUACAGGAGGAGAGCAAUGAAGAAGUAGACAUUUCCAAUGGUUUCAAAAACCUUAACCUGAAUGUUACUCUUGAACCUGAUGAAAUCAAUAUAGAGAUUCUGAAUGACAGCUAUACCCCUGAGACAAAGGUAUAUGAGGUUGUAAAUGAAGAUCCAGAAACUGCUUUCUGUACUCUUGCAAACAGGGAAGCUUUCAACACUGAUGAGUGUUCAAUCCAACAUUGUUUGUAUCAGUUCACCCGCAAUGAGAAAUUACGAGAUGCAAAUAAACUGCUUUGUGAAGUAUGCACACGGAGACAGUAUAAUGGACCAAAGGAAAAUACAAAAGGUGAAAGGAAACAUGUUUACACCAAUGCUAAGAAGCAGAUGUUAAUUUCUCUUGCUCCUCCUGUUCUCACUCUUCAUUUAAAGAGAUUUCAGCAGGCUGGUUUUAACCUACGCAAAGUUAACAAACACAUAAAGUUUCCAGAAAUCUUAGAUUUGGCUCCUUUUUGUACCCUUAAAUGUAAGAAUGUUGCUGAAGAAAAUACAAGGGUACUGUAUUCCUUAUAUGGAGUUGUUGAACACAGUGGCACUAUGAGGUCAGGACAUUAUACUGCCUAUGCCAAGGCAAGAACUGCCAAUAGUCAUCUCUCUAAUCUUGUUCUUCAUGGUGAUAUUCCACAAGGUUUGGAAAUGCAGUCAACCAAAGGGCAGUGGUUUCACAUCAGUGAUACACAUGUGCAAGCUGUGCCUACAACUAAAGUCCUAAACUCACAAGCGUACCUCCUAUUUUAUGAAAGAAUACUAUAACAAUAUAAAAAGCACUUUCUCUGGAAACACAUUUUUGGCUUUUAUAAUGGCUGUAAUAACAACAAUAAAAAAGUAAAGACUAUUUAAAUCAUGUUUACUUAACAUUAAAUACAUGCCAGAAGAAAUCAUGUUUAAAUAUUGAAGGGAAAAAUAACUAUAAAGAUUUACAAUGGUUUUGUAUCGUCACAGUGGUUUUUAUUCCUGCUUCCAUUUUCUGGAAAGGAAAUUCUGAAUUACUUAAAUCCUCUAUGCUUACUAUGGGUGGUGGGUUACAAUGCAUCAAUAAACUGACUUAACUCCAAAACUUGUUUUAUUACUUAGAAGAUUUUAAGUUGUAUUGACUUUAAUGGUUUCAUGUACAGUGAACUCUUGCUGCAGCAAAAAUGAGAUGCACAUCAUUCCUAGUACUGUUGAGUUUAUGUAAGACCCAGUCAGCCAUAUGCUAAAAUUCCUUUGAAAGAAUACAAAAAACAGUUUCAAACAGUAUUAUUCAGGGACCUACUAUGAUCGAUCAACAAAUACAGUGCCUAUGUCCUAUUAAAUCAGUAUAAUGCAAUGUUCUUUGUUUUUCCAGUACUGACUUAUUGAUUAUAACUGGAUCUACUUAACUCAUAUAUGUCAAGGAGAUGGAUUUUCAGUUAUAUCAUGAGUGCCUUUAUAUCUGUGCUACUAGAAUGUCUUCUAUUCAACAAAUCAUUCUUAUUGGAACACAUUGCCUCAACUUUUAGGAUUUCCAGAGCUAGGGAAAUCUAGUCCAAGGGUUAGUGAUUAUUCCUAUAAUGGGCCAGACAGUAAAUAUUUUAGGCUUUGUGAGCCCAUUUGUUCUCUCUGCUACUCCACUGUGCCACUCCUGUGUUGAAAGCAGCUACAGACAAUAGUGCAGACAACAUGUAACAACUAUCUGAGCAGGGCUGGAUCCCAAUAACUUAAAAACAAGCAGCAUGACAAACAGGCCUCAAACUACUUAACUGACUUGCUCUAAGUCCCACAGCUAACGUAAUUAACAAGGCUGAAACAAACAGGUCAUUUGGAUCCAGUAACAGUAGUCAGACAAUGGUGAGGCUUUGACAGUUAACACCUUUAUUACAUCAUCCAGCUGAUGAUAUAUAAACACAAAAACACUUCUUAAUUUAGGGAAAAUAAGAAAACAUCAGGCAUUUCCUAUAGUACUACUACAAAUAUGGCCUUCACCCACAGUAAAAAUGAAGCCAUUCAAUCAUUUUGGUCAUCAUCCCAGUCCUUCUUCCCACUUGGAGGCUUGGGUCCACCAGCUGGUUUUGCCAUGAUGAUCUACAUAAUUACAAAAAAAAAAAAAAAAAAACCCACAAAAGUUAUGUUUAUAUAAACUCAACCUCUGCAAUGGGGAGUAUUUUUUUGAAUAGCCUGAUUUAAAAUUAGGCAAUCAUCGUGACAUACAUAAUCAAUUAUUGACAUAAGCAAUCAAUUAUACACGAAACCCUAAAGCACAAAGAUUGCUAGCUUCCCUGUUAGAAAUUAACUUGUAGCAUUUUGAGAAAAAAUUCCCUGCCUUUAUGGAUAACAGCAACAUCUGCACAGAUUAGUGAAGAACAUUCCAAGACAUGCACUUUCAUAACUCAGUAUGCUGAAUGCGAAAGUAUCUGCAUGCAUCACUGGUAUCAAUCAGUUUGGCACCUGAUUUACUAUUUAAAUGUGAGGUUCAUCUUGCCAAGCAUCUGUAUCCCAAUUUCCUUGUGGUUUAGGAGCUUUAGGUCCACCUGCCAGUUUUGCCAUUAUAAUCUAAAGUAAUUGAUACAUUAUUAUAUUAUAUAUAAAGUUCAACUCUGACAUUUUCUAGUACCUAUAAAUGAGACCCGUUCAAGCAGCAGGAAAUGUCUGUCCAUAAACAAAAUCCAAGUUUCCUCGUAACUUAAAAUCUAUUACAAACUUCUCUUAGUUACCUAAAAUGUGCUAACCUUGCAUUUCUCAAGGACAAUAUAACCAUUCAACAUUUUAAAGGGAUUUAUGUUAAAAUGGUACUGGCUUUGGCCUCAAGUUAUUUGGGAGAGGCAAAAUUAAACAAUUAGUUAGCUUUGAAAACGUAGAACUCUGAGCCGCUAAUAAUAAAGAUUACCUAAAGGCAUCAAGCAUAAUUUUAGAACCCAAGUACGGCACCUUGAUUUAAAAAUAGUUUCAUUCAAACUUUAGGAGGCAUCAGAAUCAUUUGGAGGGCUUACUAAAACAGAUUGCUGGGCCUCCCCAAAGUUUCAGACUCAUUGGAGCUGGAGUGAGGUCUGAGAUUUUGUAUUUUUAACAAGUUUUUAUAGGUGAUGUUGAUGCUUGGGAACCAAAUGGGGAACUGGUGAAAUACACAAUUUGAACAAAAGUUAAAUCAGACCCUACUAUACCAUCGGAUGCUUAAACUUGAUUUACAAGUCCCUUUCCAGAAUAUAUACUGCACAAAAUCAGGUAUGACUCGCUUUAAAGACACUAACACAAACGGAUCAACAGUUCUUCAGAUAAAUACUUUCUCCCCUAGUAUAAAACAGGGUUUCCAGUUUAAAACCAAGAAAAGCUUUUGUGACAAAAGGUUAUCAAUUAUCAUCUUGUUUGGAUAACUGACAUUCAAAAAGUGCCUCACUUAACAAA